AUGGCCCCCGCAGUGAAUGGUCAGCUUGCUAUCCUCGCCGGCAUUCCUCUGUCCUUUGUCGCGGUCACGGCACUUAUGCGGUUGAUCAAGAAGCGACAGAAUAACCAUUCUCUUCCUCCUGGCCCAGUGCCGCUCCCGCUGUUAGGGAACGUCUUAUCUAUUGACGCUAAGGAGCCUUGGUUGACUUAUACCGAAUGGGGUGCUAUGUAUGGGGACUUGAUCUUCGUGCGAAAUCUAGACGAGGACAUAGUCGUGAUCAAUUCUCAGCAUAUCGCAGAAGACUUAUUGGACAAGCGUUCUCGUAUUUACUCCGAUCGACCAUACCUAGCUACACUCAAGCCAUAUGGUUUAUCGAUCAACUUUGGAUUCAUAGGUUAUGGUGAUGAAUGGCGUCUCUGCCGACGACUCUUCCACCAAACUUUCCGUCUUGAAUCUGCAUUGAAAUUUUACCCAAUGCAGAUCAGGCGAGCUCGUGAGAUGGUCGUCAACCUAGUCGAUGACCCUCAACACUAUUAUGACCACUUCGCAACAUUCUCGUUGUCUGUUGUGAUGUCCACUGUAUAUGACUAUAAUAUCAGUGCUCGGGAUGAUCCUGUGGUACAGACUGUGAUAAAGGCAUUGGUUCCGGGCUUGACCUUGUUGACCCCAGAGAGAGCACUGAUGCUUAAAACCUUCCCCUUCUUACUGAAGUUACCUGACUGGUGCUGGGGAUCCUCGAUUAAGCGUAGUGCUCGAACUUCGACCGAACGCGUCAAUCAAAUGGCCGACGUGCCAUUCCAAUAUGUGCAACAGCACAUGGCCGACAGCUCGUUCGACGUUCAAUCUUCAAUGGUUGCAGAAAAUUUGCGACGGAUGGAGAUGCAAGAGGAGGCAUUCAAACCUGCAUUCAAGAAUGCCUUGAGGAAAGCAGCUACUACCGCUAUUAUAGCUUCAUAUGAGACGACUGCGGCAACUGUGAUGAAACGCGCACAAGCAGAAAUUGACUCGGUGAUUGGAAGAGAUCGGCUGCCAACAUUCGAGGACAGAGCAUCACUACCCUACAUUGAUGCAGUUGUGCGGGAAACUUUCCGAUGGCAGCCUGUUACACCCCUUGGCGUACCGCAUGCUACCUCGAGUGAUGACAUAUACAACGGCUAUUUCAUUCCAAAAGGGGCGUUACACGAGAUGAAAAGCGGUACCCCCGAUGCAUCUCGUUUUAUGCCAGAGAGAUUCAUCGACGUUAAUGGUGCGUUGACAAGUGAUGACCCCGCACAAUACAUUUUCGGCCUUGGCCGGCGUAUAUGUCCAGGGCGGUAUACUGCUGAUGCCUCCGCGUGGUGCUCCAUUGCGACCAUGUUGGCCACAUUGCAUAUUGCUUCUGCCAAAGACGACCAAGGCAAAGUAAUCAGCUUCACCCCCACGUUCAUCCCGGGUCUGAUUCGCCGUCCUGCGGUCUUCCCUUGCAGUAUUUCGGCACGGUCUCACAUUCAUUCUGACGUUGUGGACGGUUGGCGAACUGCCGAGUUUUAAAAGAAGGGAUGCUUCAAUCACCCAGCGUGUCUAGCUGCUGUAUCGAGGAUCCUGAGACGUUUCGGUGACGGCGUGCCA